AUGGGCAAGUUCAUGAAACCUGGCAAGGUUGUGAUGGUCCUAGCUGGACGCUACGCCGGACGUAAAGCCGUCAUCGUAAAGAACAUUGAUGAUGGUACCGCUGAUCGCCAGUACAGCCACGCUCUGGUGGCUGGUAUCGACCGCUACCCACGGAAAGUGACCACUAGCAUGGGCAAGAAGAAAGUUGCCAAGCGGUCCAAGAUCAAGGCCUUUGUGAAGGUGUUCAACUACAACCACCUCAUGCCAACAAGAUACUCUGUUGACAUUCCCCUGGACAAAACUGUUGUCAACAAGGAUGUUUUCAGGGAUCCUGCUCUGAAGCGCAAAGCGAGGAGAGAGGCCAAGGUCAAGUUUGAGGAGAGGUACAAGACCGGCAAAAAUAAGUGGUUCUUCCAGAAGCUCCGAUUCUAGACUCACAAUGGUUUCACUAAUAAAUUUGGGGGAAAAAAGCCAA